UCCAGCACGGAAAAAUCUCUCAUCUCUUUAGACUUGAAACCAAUUAAGCGCCAACUAGCCAGCCAAAGCAUCCUUUUCCAUCUGUGCUCUUCAUCGCUGUUCCCUUCCAGUAUCAAUAAUAAUUAAUAUUCAAAUAGCCGUAGUGCAUCAUUAUUAUUAUUAUAAUUAUUAUUACCCCUCCUUUAUCAUUUCUUAAUUUAUAAAAACAAAUCUCAAACGAACACCGUUGCAUCAUCAAUUCUCUCUUUCUCUAGUUGUCGCUUGGCAUCUGUUUCCUAGGGUUUCCAAAGAAAUGGCUCCUCCUAAUGAUCCCAAACAAAGCGAAAGCGGUAGCGGUAGCGGUGGUGGCUUCUUCGCUUCGAUCGCUUCCAGUUUGUCCAAUUUUGGUACCGCCAUGACCAGAUCAGUCAACGGUUUAGUGCCAUAUGAAGGACUGGAAGUUGUCAAUCCUGAAGGAGGCACAGAAGAUGCUGAAGAGGAAGCAAGUAAAGGAAGAUGGAAACAAGAGGAUCGGGACAGUUAUUGGAAGAUGAUGCAAAAUUAUGUAGGAUCUGAUGUUACAUCUAUGGUUACACUUCCUGUACUUAUUUUCGAGCCAAUGUCAAUGCUCCAGAAAAUGGCAGAGUUGAUGGAGUACUCGCACCUGUUAGAUCUUGCAGAUGAAUGCGAGGAUCCCUACAUGCGUUUGGUGUAUGGUGCGUCAUUUUUCAUAUCUGUAUACUAUGCCUUUCAACGCACAUGGAAGCCGUUUAAUCCGAUUCUUGGAGAGACUUAUGAAUUGACAAAUCAUGGAGACCUUAAUUUUAUAGCAGAACAGGUUAGUCAUCAUCCGCCAAUAAGCGCCGGACAUGCUGAAAAUGAGCAUUUUACUUAUGAUAUCACUUCCAAGGUCAAAACUAAAUUUUUAGGGAACUCAAUCGAGAUCUAUCCUCUUGGGAGAACACGUGUGAUGCUCAAAAGAGAUGGUGUAAUUCUUGAUUUGGUGCCUCCUCCAACGAAAGUGAGUAACUUAAUCUUUGGACGAACUUGGAUUGAUUCACCAGGGGAGAUGGUCGUGACAAACAUGACAACAGGGGACAAAGCUGUACUGUAUUUUCAACCAUGUGGCUGGUUUGGAGCUGGUCGCUAUGAGGUGGAUGGAUAUGUAUACAAUGCUGCUGAGGAGCCCCAGAUAUUGAUGACAGGGAAAUGGAAUGGAUCAAUGAGUUAUCAACCCUGUGACAUGGAAGGAGAGCCACGUGCAGGCACUGAAAUGAAGGAGGUAUGGAGGGUUGCAGAAGCUCCAAAGAACGAUAAAUUCCAGUAUACACAUUUUGCUCACAAGAUCAACAGCUUUGACACUGCUCCAAAGAAGUUGCUAGUAUCAGAUUCCCGUUUACGCCCUGAUAGAUAUGCUCUUGAACACGGUGAUAUAUCCAAGGCUGCCUAUGAGAAGAGCAGUCUGGAGGAGAGACAGAGAGCCGAGAAGCGAAACAGAGAGGUCAAGGGUCACCAGUUUACUCCAAGAUGGUUUGACCAAACUGAUGAGAUUCACCCUACACCUUGGGGUGACUUAGAAGUGUACCAGUACAAUGGCAAGUAUUCUGAACACCGGGCUGCUAUAGAUAGUUCAGGUAGCAUUGAAGAGACUGACAUUCGAUCUAUGGAAUUCAACCCAUGGCAGUUUCAAAAUUUGGCAGCUGAAUGAGCUUUGCUGAGAUGAAGUUACCUGUAUCAUAUUUUUUUCAAUUAUUUGGUUGUUCGGUAUUGUAGUUUUUAAUGUUCUUGACGACAUUCCAAAUUUGACUUGCAGUUUUCACUAUUCAUAUCUUACUAUUUGUUCCUUUUUCCGAGACAAGUUUGAAGUAUCUUUUUCCUCAAGAUAUGAAGGAUCAGAGUAUUUAUUUA